AUGAGACAAGAGAUGGAGGACGGUGUCAGUGAGGUGCUGUCCGCUGUGGUGGAGGACGUUGGUCAGGCCGUAAGCAGGAACGUCAGCGGUGCCCAGCUGCUGCAUGAACUUCUGAGUGCACCGUGGCUGCGCGCCCUGGUCAAGACGUAUGAGCGCCUGUUCCAGUUCCAGAGGUGGACGCCCAGCCCAUUUCUGCCUUAUGCCUCGGGACUCUCACAUGAGAUCAUGACAGUAUUACAGAAGGUCCACCGUCCCUCAGACGAAGCCAGAGAGCUCUACAGCCUCCUCAGCUCACCACACAUGCAGGCCCUGCUGUCGUCCCACGACAGCGUAGCCCAGUCAGACUACGGACCCGUCUUACCCCCCCUGCCUGAUGAGUUACCUGAGGAUGAGGAGGCCAUGAGGAUCGUUUGUCUGGUGAAGAACAACCAGCCGCUGGGGGCGACUAUAAGGAGGGACGAGGAUACGGGAGAGAUCUACAUCGCCAGGGUGAUUCAUGGAGGACUGGCCGACCGCAGCGGCCUCCUGCAUCCUGGUGAUCUGUUAGUGGAGGUGAACGGUAGCCCUGUGGUGGGUCUGGAGCCAGAACAGGUCAUCCAGAUACUGAUCAAUUCCCAGGGAACUAUCCUGUUUAAAGUCAUCCCGAACGCAGCUCGGAGCAGCGGCAGCCAGAAGCCGGUGUACAUGAAGGCGAUGGUCGACUACUGCCCCCUGCAGGACUCUUCCAUCCCCUGUCCUAAUGCAGGAAUGGCGUUCAGCAGAGGAGACCUGCUGGAGGUGGUGGACCAGUCGGACGGACGCUGGUGGCAGGCCAGGAAGCUGCCCUGUGCUGUGUCCUGCGCUGGUCUGAUUCCCUCCGCCGGCAUGCUGAAGAGUAAGCAGAGGGAACAGUGGUGGUGUCAGCCAUUACAGGUGCACACCUGCAUCAGACCCCUGCCCCUGGCCGACAACGAGGACCCUCUGGCGCUUGCUGAUGACAAACGCACCCUGACAGAUCUGGAAGAAAUAAAUUUUGGUGAGGCUGACUCGGACGUCACUGAUGGAAUCUACCUGGCCGGUUUCCGUCGGAGUUUCCGUCUCUGGAGGAGGACGUCCUACAGGAGGAGACGACAGUCCUGCACCUCCUGCUCGCCCAGCAGCAGCGCUCUGUCCACCCCCUACGAGGAGGUGGCUUUGUACCAGCGGCCCCCGCAGGAGAACCACCGCCUAAUCGUCCUUGUCGGGGCUUCUGGAGUUGGAGUCAAUGAACUGAGGAAGAGACUCAUCAAACUGAACCCUUCAACCUUCCAGGGACCUGUACCUCACACCACUCGUCCAAUCAGAGCAGGGGAGCAGACAGGAAGAGAGUACCACUUUGUCACCAAAGAGCUGUUUGAGUACAUGGUCUGUAACCACAGGUUCGUGGGGUACGGCGAGUACAGGGGCCACCUGUACGGGACCAGCACCGACGCCAUUGAUGAGGUGCUGAAACGAGGACGGAUGUGCAUCAUCGACGUUGAGCCACAUAGCAUCCAGCCGCUGCGGACGAGAAAACUGAAGCCUUACGUGAUUUUCAUCAAAGCCCCCAGCCCGGAGAGACUGAGACAGACUCGGAGAGACGCCCGAAUCAUCACCAACUACAGCAUCAACAGAGUUUUCACAGAGGAGGAUUUUGUGGAGCUGGAGGAGGUGUCGCGGCUGAUGGAGGCAAAGUACAAACAGUUUUUUGACAGCGUGCUGGUGAACGACGACCUGCAGGACGCCUGCAUGCAGCUCUGCUCCAUCAUCCAACAGGCUCAGGACGAACCACAGUGGAUACCUGUCGGCUGGAGCCGGGCGGAGGAGUAG